GUUAAUUAAUCUUGACUUUACUGAAACUGUGGUAUUUUAUCAUUAGUAAAACAAAAUAAUAAUGUAUUUGUAAAUGUAUAAUGGCAGAUAUAGAUCAAACUCAUUGUAGAUUCUGUGCCGAAACAAAAGCAUCCAACAAACUGAUAAAUCUCAUUAAAGAUAGAGAAAAGUACGAAGAAAUAUUGCAUAAAUUGACCGCCUUGAAUGCAGUUUAUGUCGAUUUUUCCAAUAACAACAACUUAUUACCCAAGAGUAUUUGCUUCGUGUGUUACGAUUCAUUAAAUAAAGCAAUUGAUUUUCUGGAAAAGGUGAAACGAUCGCAGGAAGUAUUGUUAAAUUUAUACAUAACCAAUGACUGUACAAAGACAGAUUUGUCCGACGAUGAUAGAAUGGGUUUCGACGAUUACGGCUUACCAGAAUCAGUUGAGGAAAAUUCACCAUUAAUUAAGGAGGAGGCCAGUUAUCCAGAGAAUGCUAAAGUAGUUUUAAAUUUGGACAAUAUUACUUAUACUGUGGAAGUGAAAGAAGAAUUGAAAGUGGAAGAAUCAGAUAAGGCUCCUGAGAGUAGUGUAAGUCCGUCCAAUAUAGAAUUUGACAAUACUCUGAAUGUUCAAGAUCUGCUUGGGGCGACCAUAUGCAAUGUGCCAUAUGAAUCUAAUGUUACAAUAUAUGCUAAAGAGGUGACAGAUACAAGAAAAAGGAUAGUACCUUUAUGGAAAGAUUAUCCGUGGAUUUGUGCACACUGUAACAUGGAGUUCCUUGAUUUACCAACAUUAAGAUCUCACUCCAAAUUAACUCAUGGGAAAUGUAAUGCUUUUGUAUGUUUUGAUUGUAAAAGUUAUGUAAAAAGUGAUUUUGAAUCAUUUUUAAAGCAUGUUCGCAGGCAUCGUAGAAGAUUAAGAAAAAGAUGCCACUAUUGUGAUGCAUAUAUUUCUGAAGACUUACUAAGUACACAUGUAGCGCAGCAUCUUGUUAAGUUACAGGUCCCUUGUGACCUUUGUGGAGAGAUAUUAAAAAACGAAGAGGCACUACAAAAGCAUUUAGGUGAUUACAAUUCUAUAAAACCGAAACGAAAACCACGCAGGAAACGAGGUACACCAAUCACAGUGGCCGAACUUACUUGCGAGUUGUGUAAAAAAGUGUACAAAAAUCCAAACAGUCUAAGGGACCAUAUGAAACUACAUACGAACAACCGCACAAGGAAUUAUACUUGUGACAGAUGUGGUAAAAUGUUCUAUAACAAAGGCACCCUUACUUCCCAUAUCAUGUCUCACGAUCAAAUUCGCCCCCACAUCUGUAAAAUCUGCAACAAAUCGUUCUUAUUUCCAAACAUGUUGCGUAGACAUGUUGACAUGCAUUCGGGAAUAAAACCCUUCUCAUGUGAAGAAUGUGGACGCGGUUUUAGACUUCUAUAUCAGCUGAAUGCACAUAAAAUAAUUCACACGGACGCAAUGCCGUAUGUUUGCGAAUAUUGUAAUAAAGCUUUCCGUUUUAGACAGAUACUUAAAAACCAUGAGCGACAGCAUACAGGAGCUAAACCGUAUGCGUGUCAGAUUUGCGGUAUGGAGUUCACUAAUUGGUCAAACUACAAUAAACAUAUGAAACGACGACACAACACUGAUACAUCUAAGAAAAAAAUCACACCUGAAGGUGUGUUCCCGAUUAACCCGCAGACUGGGCAAAUUGUACAAUUCACGGACCCUGAUACUGAAGAAUGGAAAAACAAAAUAAUGAAGCCAGGGAAGAGAGGGAAGAAAAAAAUAAUAAAGGAAGAGAGUGGAAGUUAAUCAAGACAUAGUGUAGAGGCUUAUACCAUUUAAAAAAUUGUAGUUUAUGAUUUAGAGAUGGCCCAUUUUAAAUUUACUUUAGAAUAUAACAAAUUCUGAUUGAUUGCAAAACAUCAAACAAUCACCAUUAAGAAUGUGGACCCAUUUCCAAGUACAAAUUCCAAAAAUGGUCAACUGGAAGAAUUAAAAUGGUUUAUACAAAUGAUAGGAAAAUGCUUUAAAAUUGUAUAUUGCUAGGGAAUUUUAUAUACAGUGCUAGAAACAGAAAACAAUGCACUUAAACCAACAAUUCUUGAAUAAAAAAAAAACAAUAUGUGCAUGUAUAUGAGCAGUGGUCACUCAGGUAUUUUGUCGAUAUCCAGUGGCAGCUUGCUCAAUUAUCGCCUUAUACUAAAAAAAAAACAUCAAGAAUCUAUGAAUCAAUUCUAUCUAUGUUCAAUUAUUAUAAAUAUUGUUUGUUUUAUAUUUUUAUUUACUCUUCGAUUAUUUGUUAAGAUUCAAUAAACUACAUUAAUUUUUUGUAAUGUUA